CCAUCACAGGACAAUUGUAUCUUUGUAGUGAAUGAACAGACUGUUGCAACCAUGACAUCUGAAGAAAAGAAGGAACGACCUAUAAGCAUGAUAAAUGAAGCUUCUAACUAUAAUAUGACUUCAGAUUAUGGAGUGCAUCCGAUGAGCCCUGUAGGCAGAACUUCACGGUCUUCAAAAAAAGUUCACAAUUUUGGAAAAAGAUCAAAUUCAAUUAAAAGGAAUCCUAAUGCACCUGUGGUCAGGCGAGGCUGGCUUUAUAAACAGGACAGUACCGGCAUGAAGCUAUGGAAGAAACGCUGGUUCGUGCUUUCUGACCUUUGCCUCUUUUAUUACAGAGAUGAGAAAGAAGAGGGUAUCCUGGGAAGCAUACUAUUACCUAGUUUUCAGAUAGCCAUGCUUACCUCAGAGGAUCACAUUAACCGCAAAUAUGCUUUUAAGGCAGCCCAUCCAAACAUGCGGACCUAUUAUUUCUGCACUGAUACAGGAAAGGAAAUGGAGUUGUGGAUGAAAGCCAUGUUAGAUGCUGCCCUAGUACAGACAGAACCCGUGAAAAGAAUUACCUUUAAUUUCCGAGUGGACAAGAUUACAUCUGAAAAUGCCCCAACUAAGGAAAUCAAUAACUUUCCCAACCAUAGAGUGCUAAUUAAACCAGAGGUCCAAAAUAACCAGAAAAACAAAGAAAUAAGCAAAAAUGAAGACAAAAAGGCAUUGGAAGCUGAAAAAUACGGAUUUCAGAAGGAUGGUCAAGAUAGACCUUUAACAAAAAUUAACAGUGUGAAGUUGAAUUCUCUGCCAUCUGAAUAUGAGAGCGGGUCAACAUGUCCAGCUCCGACUGGACACUAUAGACCAGUCAACGUGAACAGUUCAGAGAACAAAACUGUCAAUGUCAGCCUGGCAGAUCUUAGAGGUGGAAACCACCCAAAUACCGGGCCCUUACACACAGAGGCUGAUCGAGUCAUACAGAGGACAAACUCAAUGCAACAGUUGGAACAGUGGAUUAAAAUCCAGAAGGGGAGGGGUCAUGAAGAAGAAACCAGGGGAGUCAUUUCAUACCAAACGUUACCAAGAAAUAUGCCAAGCCACAGAGCCCAGGUUAUGGCCCGCUAUCCAGAAGGUUACAGAACACUCCCCAGAAACAGCAAGACCCGGCCUGAAAGCAUCUGCAGUGUAACCCCUUCCACUCGUGACAAAACAGUAGGGCCUGGAGCAGAAGAGAAACGGAGAUCAAUGAGAGAUGACACAAUGUGGCAGCUUUACGAAUGGCAGCAGCGUCAGUUUUAUAAUAAGCAGAGCACCCUCCCUCGUCACGGUACUUUGACCAGUCCUAAAACCAUGGUUAAUAUUUCUGAUCAGACAAUGCACUCUAUUCCCACAUCACCUUCCCAUGGGUCAAUAGCUGCUUAUCAGGGAUACUCCCCUCAACGAACAUACAGGUCGGAAGUGUCUUCGCCAAUUCAGAGAGGAGAUGUGACGAUAGACCGCAGGCACAGGGCCCAUCAUCCUAAGCAUGUCUAUGUGCCUGACAGAAGGUCAAUGCCAGCUGGCCUGACUUUACAGUCUGUAAGUCCCCAGAACCUCCAAGGCAAAACGCCAGAGGAGCUUACGCUGCUGCUAAUAAAGCUGAGACGGCAGCAGGCCGAACUGAGUAGUGUCCGGGAGCAUACAUUAGCACAGCUCAUGCAGCUGAAACUUGAGGCCCACAGCCCAAAGAAUGAAAUUCUUUCACAUCAUCUUCAAAGGAACACCAUAUAUUUGGAUCAUCAGAUGAAAGAAAAUGAACCUAUUAUCACCAUGGUUCACACAAUGAUUGAGAACUCGGCGCUAAGACCCCAACUGUACCAGCAAUUCUUAAGACAGAAGAACAAGAUAAGUCUAUAUUGUCUGUCACAAGAUGAAUGUAGAGGCACAUUAUACAAAUACAGACCUGAAGAAGUGGAUACUGAUGCCAAGCUAAGCCGGUUAUGUGAACAAGAUAAAGUGGUACAUGCUCUGGAAGAGAAACUUCAGCAACUCCACAAGGAGAAAUACACGCUUGAGCAAGCUUUGCUAUCAGCCAGCCAAGAGAUAGAAAUGAAUGCAGAUAACCCAGCAGCCAUUCAGACCGUGGUGUUACAGAGGGACGAUUUACAAAAUGGACUGCUUAGUACGUGUAGAGAACUCUCUCGAGCCACUGCCGAACUGGAACGAGCAUGGAGAGAGUAUGAUAAGUUAGAAUAUGAUGUGACUGUUACCAGGAACCAGAUGCAAGAACAGCUAGAUCGCCUUGGUGAAGUUCAGACUGAAUCAGCAGGAAUUCAGCGUGCACAGAUUCAGAAAGAACUUUGGAGAAUUCAAGAUGUCAUGGAAGGACUGAGUAAACACAAACAGCAAAGAGGCACUACAGAAACAGGUAUGGCAGGAUCAAAGCCUUUCUCAACAGUUAAGUACAAAAACGAGGAAGAGGAAGUAGUCCCACCUCGUCCUCCACUUCCUCGGUCCUAUGACUUUACAGAGCAGCCUCCCAUAAUCCCCCCUCUGCCCAGUGAUAGCAGCUCCUUGCUCUGUUAUAGCAGGGGCCCAGUCCAUCUGCCUGAAGAAAAGAAGAUUCAUCAAGUUCAAGGAUAUCCAAGAAAUGGAUCUCACUGUGGUCCGGAUUAUAGACUCUACAAGAGUGAACCAGAGUUAACAACAGUGGCAGAAGUUGAUGAGUCUAAUGGAGAAGAAAAAUCAGAACCUGUUUCAGAAAUGGAAACUUCUGUUAAAGGUUCCCAUUUUCCUGUUGGAGUAGUUCCUCCAAGGACCAAAUCACCAACACCUGAAUCUUCAACGAUAGCCUCUUAUGUAACCUUAAGGAAAACUAAGAAGAUGAUGGAUUCAAGAACGGAAAGACCAAGAAGUGCAGUGGAACAGCUCUGUUUGGCUGAAAGUACUCGACCUAGGAUGACUGUGGAAGAGCAGAUGGAAAGAAUAAGGAGACAUCAACAAGCGUGCCUGAGGGAAAAGAAAAAAGGAUUAAAUGUUAUUGGUUCUUUAGACCAGUCACCCUUACAAAGUCCCUCAGGCUUAAGGGAUAAUCCGUUCAGGAUUACCCAGACUCGAAAAAGGGAUGAUAACAUUAAGGAACUGGAUACUGUCAUUAGAGAAAAUGAUGUGAAGCCAAACCAUGAAACUCCUGCAGCAGAAAUUGUUCGACUAAAAGAAAGUGAACCUCAAAAUACAGAUUUCAGCAAAGAGUUGAAAAGCACUGAGGACAUUUUUUCCACAACACUUUUUAAACCUGAACCAAAUGGAGUGAAUUCUGAGGAAGUGAUGGAUCAAGAGAGAAACAAAGAGAAAAUGUCUGAGGAUGUUUCAUUCAGCCCUCAGGAUGAGACACAGAUCCCAAAUCAUAAAGCAGAAAGCCACCCUGAAGAAAAUAUAAAGGACGAUAUUCAUGAGCAGGAAGAAACUAUUGCUUCUUGUGAACAAACUCCUGAGGCUUCUAGAGGAAAUCAAACGAUGGCAGUGAAAAGUCUGUCCCCAUCUCCUGAGUCCUCAGCAUCUCCGGUUCCAGCCGCCCAGCCGCAGCUCACGGAAGGAUCCCAUUUCAUGUGUGUGUAG